AUGAGACCGAUGGCUGUGCUACUUGAGCUUGUCGCCCUUCCUUCCUCCUUCCCGUCCAUCAGUUCCCCCAUCGAAACAAAAUCAGUCCCCCCACCAAAAGCUAGGGUUAGGGUUAGCGAGGCGGCGGCGGCUUUAUUCCCGAUGCCGAUCGCCAUGGACACCGGAGGCGCGCCGGAGCCGGAUGAGGAGUCCGUCGUCUUCCCCAGAUGGGCGAUGCUGGAUCGCAGAGGCCGCACCCGCUGCCACAACGGCCUAAACGCUGCCCGUGUGGCUGCCAACAAGAACAAGACCGCCGUUCCAGUCCACAUGGACGGCGGCCCCUCCUGCUACGUGACCUUCACCCUCGCGGCUCCUCAAAAAGGGAUCUCCUGCCUCAACCUCCACUUGCCGGAGGAACCUCCACUUACCCCAGCCACCCCGCCCGCCUAUGCCUACGUCCGGGCAACCGACAAGGACCUCGUCCUUUUCGACAUCACCAACCCGAGCCGGUCUUGCUACUGGGACCCCCCGUCAGAUCUGUUCGUCUACACGGCCGGCGGUCCUUCCCCCUCGGUGCAGCCGCUCCCUAUGUACACCAAGGAGAGGGAGAGGCCGUUCCUGAUGGACAACCUCACCACAGGCAUCCUGCGGCUCGCGGAGGACCGCUACAUCGUUGCCGACCUCAAUGUCUACCCCAAAAGAAAGGGCAAUGCCAUGCGUGCCGAACUCUGCGUCUUCAACUCCGAGACUAGAAAGUGGAAAAUCAUCCGCAAAUUGGACCCAGGCAAUGGCGGACAGUUCCCCGAACUCUGGUCAACCGAUAAUGUGCUCGCCUUUGAUGGCCGUUUCCUGUGCUGGAUUGACUACUUCAGCGGUGUCCUGCUAUGUGACUUCUCCACGUCCACUCCAGACUCCUUGGCGCUCCGCUUCGUGCCUUUCCCUGGAGAAAAUAACUUCUCUGAUGAGGUACGUGUUGAAAGGUACUCCCCGGAGAGGUUCCGAAGUGUGUCCAUCACCCAAGGCAUGAUGCGCUUUGUCCACAUUGACAAUGACUACCAUGACAGUCUCCAUGGUGCCUGGCAAUGGCUUAAGCUUCCUGAGAGAAAAAGGAAAGUGCAGCAGCAUCAGCCUUGCAAGAAAAUCACCAUUUGGACUUUGAACCCCAAGUUUGAGUGGGAGCAGCAUUGUGUGAUCAACCUGCAUUAUCUUUGGGCGCAACCUGGUUACAAAGCCCUUGACAUACAUCAGUGUCUCCCCGAGUUCCCGAUCAUGACCGUGGAUGACCCGGAUGUUCUGUGCUGCCUGUUAAGGGAAGAGGAUUAUGGCAAGGGCUGGAUGAUCAUGGUUGACAACCAUGCGCAUCUGCGGUCAUGUACUCCUGAGUCCGAGUCUCUGGGCGUGGAAGCUCAUGAUAACCGGUUUCCUGAUAUCCCCCUACUUCCAACUGUCUUCUGCAAAUACCUUGAAAGCCCAACAGGGGUGGCUUGGAUUGAGCAUAAAAAGCGUAAGCGUAAGCUGAAGUCUGCAAAGGUAAAGGCCUGGAAUCUGGUGACUGGUGUUGAACACUUUGGCGACGCUCAAAUCAAAGAUGCGAUGAAGAUGGUGUACUGA